CUCUGAUUGGUCAGUGCUUACGUCAUACGCGGUAGUGCUUUCAUGCAGUAAUGGCAGCAAUAGAGACAGAAAAACGUCGGGGUAGAAAUGCUGCCCUGUCCAUCGCCACUGUGGUUAUUGUUCUUGGCUUGCCUUUAUGGUGGAGGACCACAGAAACCUACCGAGCCUGGCUUCCAUACUCCCAAAUCUCUGAGCUGGACUCAUUACAGCUCCAGUUAAGCGUGGAGGUCGAGGUGGUGUUUUCCAGAGGAACCCUGAGCCCCGAGCAGCAGAAGAAGGUCCCACUCAGUCAGACCCGAGAGCAGGAGCACCAAGUAGACGCUAAGAACAGGCUACGGUACAGAUACGAAACCAAGUACCGCACAGCUACCAUCAUGGAGGAGGACGCUUUAAAUCAGCCCACAGCUCAAGAGGCGGAUCUUUCUCUGCACACGCUCAGUGAGAGCGUGUGUGGCUCGGUCGUGGUGUACGUCGUCCCCGAGUCCUCCACCUUGUUACCGGCUGACGUGAAGGUGUAUGUGGGUCAGUGGCGCACCGCCCUGCUGCGUGCCGCUCCGCUUCCUGCCUCUGGGAGUCUGAAGGAAGUGCUUUCCGCUGUGGAACCUCAAGUCAAGCAGGUGAUCGACACCAUGUCCUUCAGCCACCAGGAAAUCAUUGGUGCUCUGAGCGACCGCAUCCGUAUCAGUCAGGUCAGCAAGGAGAGCCUGGUCGACAGCAUGAGGGCCAUCAAGUCCAGUCCAGGUUAUGAAAUCACGUUCAGCUUGUUGAACCCUGACCCCAAAUCCCACAGCCUGCACUGGGACAUUGAGGGAGCCGUUCACAGCUACAUCCAACCUCUUCUGAACAAACUGAGCCCCAUUGCCAACUUCUCCGUGGACUCGCAGAUCCUGUACUACGCCGUGUUGGGGGUCAACCCUCGUUUUGAUAACACCGUAUCGGCGUACACUCUGAACGCAGCCAGUCUGGCGCACGUCAUCAACCCUGUAGAGGCCAGACUAGGCUCCAACGCUGCGUCUUCGUAUCCGGUGCUGAAUUUCCUGUUGUAUGUCCCCGAGGCUCAUCACUCUCCACUCUUCAUCAGAGACUACAAGAAGAAGGAGGUGCCUUCAAACGCGUUCCACAGCCCCCGCUGGGGAGGGAUUAUGGUGUACAACGUGAACGACGUGUACGGCCCCGAGGCGGACUUUCCUGUCCAUAUCAACAUCAACAUGGCUAAAGUAAUGGGUGUCUUCUUGGCACAGUUGAGGCUGUUAUUGGGCGUCCAGAAGACACAACCUCCGCCUGGUUUCGUUCUGCAGAGCCCAGGCAGUGCCGGAUUGGCCGACUGGGAGCUGGACCGGCUGCUGUGGAGUCGCAGCGUAGAGAACGUGGCCACCGCUACGACCACCAUCACCUCGCUGGCUCAGCUUCUCGACCAGAUCAGCAACAUCGUCAUUAACGACAACAUCGCGCAGCAGGUGUCCAGUGCGGUUGCGUCUCUCCAGGCUGCCACAGCUGAGCUGGAGGCGGGGAACCUGGCCUUUGCCCUGCAGUACAGUCGCGAGGCCAUACUGGCUUCUGAGAGAGCGUUUUUCGACCCGUCUCUCUUACAUCUUUUAUAUUUUCCCGACGACCAGAAGUUUGCCAUUUACAUCCCUCUCUUCUUGCCCAUGUGUGUUCCCAUUGUGCUCUCACUGCUCAAGAUCGUCAACGAGAUUAGACAGAAACGUGCUGAAAAACUGGCCAAAAAGGACUAACACACACACACACACACACACACGCACACACACACUCACACACACACGGUGCCUGUGAGUGUUGUUUUUAUGCACUGAUUGCUCAAUACACUGUACGUUGUUACUAAAGACUAUUGUCUACACAGUCUAUUGUGUAGAUAUUCAUUAUUUUCUGAAAUUUCAUUUGAAAUGUUCAAUAUAGUUUUCAUAUCAUUUUGAUGUUUAUUCCUUUCUUUCUCUACUACAAACCAGGUUUUGAUUUAAAUUUUCUAUCCAUUUAUUUUAUUUUUUAAAUAUGAAAUGAAUAUGCAAAUUUUAUCACUUCAUUUCCGUGUCCUUUAAUAUAUCUUUGCCGUAGAUCCAAUUAUAAAACGGAACCUUCUCUGUCACAGAUUCACUCCCUGUUUCUUCAUCUUUCUGUUUUUUUUGUGUGAUUUUAUUUUGUCAUUAUUAUACAUUUUUUUCUUUUUUUUUUUUUUUUUUUUUUUGCUUCAAAACAACAUUAAAUGGGGAAAAAAACCCACCACCUCUACACAUGGACAUAACACAAUGUAUGACGUUAGCUGUAAAUUCAUCUCACAGACACUGUGUAAUGUAUGUUUUGUCAGAACUCCACUCAGACUCAGUAUUCUGUCCACAUCGUGUUGGAUUAUUUCUUGUAAAAAUAAAAAUCAUCAGGGUGUUGAUGGGCAACAAGUUCUAACUAUGUUCUACACGUAUUCUGAGUGAAAUCUGUAGGUUUGCGCAAUUUGCCUCAUUUUAACUUGCUUAAGUCUGGAUUUAAGUCUAGAUCUGAGAUAAAUAAUGCGCACUGUAGCCAAAAUGCCCCUGUCUCACCUUCUGAUAUCCAGUUAAUACAAUUUAUUUGUUUAUAUCAGGACAAAAGUCUGUUCUAAGGAAAGUAUUAAACCUUCCUGUAAUUCUUAUGCUUGAGCUUCAGGGGACGUGUUUAAUAUUUAAAACGCACAGCGCUCUGAUGCAGGAAGCCACAAAAUCUGCUUUUAAUCGUUUAUUGUUUUAAAUGUGAUUUAAAUUUCAUUUGUUUUUAUUGUAAAAUCAUCUUCGAUUGCUACUGUAUGGGCUCAGACUGAUGAUUCCAGUAAUUUGUGGUUUUAUGUAUUUAUUUAUUUAUGUCACUAGAUUACAUUUUUUUUCUGUUGAUGUCUUGGACACAUACAGAGUUGAUGUAAUUAAGGAUGAUAAAUCUGGCACGUGGAUAUGAGGCGGUCUCAUAAAAAUAUAGAAAUCCGCAUAACAGAUUUAUGACAGAAUUGAACGGUGUAUGACGUCAAUCUCGUUCAUCCAAAAUAGUUUUCUUUAUAAACAAAUUAAUACAAAUUCUUGAAAGAAUUUGUCAUGGUAGGAUUUGUCAUUAGUUAUGUGGGUUUGAUGUUUGGAUGUUUUUAAUUUGUUUGAUUGAUUGUGUGUGAGCGUGUGUGUGUGAGAGAGAGUGUGUGUGUGUGAUUGUGUUUGUGUGAGAGGGUGCGUGUGUCUGAGUGUGUGUGUAUGUGUGUGUGUGAAUGUGUCUGAGUGUGUGUGUAUGUGAGAGAGUGUGUGUGUGUGAAUGUGUCUGAGUGUGUAAGUGUGUGUGUGUGAGAGAGUGUGUGUGUGAAUGUGUCUGAGUGUGUAAGUGCGUGAGAGAGAGAGUGUGUGUGUGUGUGUGUGUGUGUAAGAGAGAGAGAUGAUUGACAGGAGUCCCAU